CACUUGCUUUCUUGUUCGUUACCAGUCAUUUUCACAAUGAAAACAAUCUAUGCGUACUCUUGUCUUCUUUUCGGUCUGAGUUUUGUGGAGAUGAAGCCUCUCAGCAUAACUGGCCAUGUUGGGAGGAAUGUGACAAUCAAAUGCUCAGACUGGGACGCUUGGACUGAUGUAAAAUAUAAUGUUAAGUACUUUUGUAACAGUCCAUGCACAGAAGACAAACACAUCAUCGUCAAAGCAGAAUAUCGAAAGACUAAAAAAUAUAAAAACAGAAUAGAGGUAACUAACACAGCAGAUGGUUUUUUUGUGACCUUCACUAAUCUCCAACAGUCAGACUCGAAGACAUAUUACUGUGGAGCAGAGAAAUUUGGCCGUGAUUCAUUCAUAAAGGUCAAUCUUAAAGUCACAAAAGCUGAGUCUUCUAGUCCCAAGACAACUCCAAAAAAAGUCACUGCUGGUCCCACUCUCUCAUUUGCUGUGACAGAUGACUCCAUCACGUCUUCAAACAGCUCAGAUAAUAUGACUGAUAUGUCAACGUCUCACACAACCCUGAAUACAAUGUUACCUACUGCAUCAGCAACAGGAGGAGCAGGACAUGCACCAUAUCUGAUUUUAGGUGUCAUCGUCCUAACAGCCACCCUUGUGGUCUUACUGAAGUUUAUGUGCAAGAUGAUGAAGCAACUGAAAGUUGUGUCAAGUGCUGGUGCACUACAAGAAGAUGCACGAGAGGGUGUUGAAUAUGAUGAAAUCAGACCUGAGACCCCGACUGAUCCAGACUGUCUCUAUGCCAAUUAUUCCUACCAGCAACACACUGAAUUAACAGCUGAGAGCACUUCAAAAGACGUGUCUUCAAAUUCAGCUUCCAGGUGUGAGGUCAGUUCAAGGGGGCCGUGUGCGGAGAGCAGAGGCACAGAUCCCCAGUGUGACUUGGUGUACUCUGUUGCUCAACUACCCAAAGUGCAAAUUGAACCCACUGGGCAAUCUGAGUCAAAUCAAUUCGAAAUUGAAAAUGACUCUUUCUAUUCCCUGGCUCAGCUGCCACAGGCAACCUGAAGGAGGCUGCUGUGGUCAGAAGGAACUUUCUUGAUCACAUCUAUUGUAUAUUUUUAUGAAACUGUAGAGAUAUUAUGUAACAGGACACGGCAGGACAGGGAAGAAAAGAGAAGAGAGGAGAAGGAGCAAAUUAACAUCUGUACACAUGGCCUAGACUCUCUUCUAAUAUAUAUCCAGGCACAAUAUCACUGC